AUGAAAUUAAAGAUAAUUUUUUUGUUUCUUUUUUUUAUAUCAAUUAUCAAAAUAUAUAAUUGUAAUAUUAUUGUUAAAGAAUCAUUGUAUUUACUAGCAAGAAAAAAUUUUUCAAUAGAAAUUGCUAAUGCAAUAUAUGAAAAUUUUAAUGUUACAAAAGGAGAAGUUUAUGAAGGAUCUCUUUGUAGAGCUGCCAAUUAUAAUGUUUUAUCAAAUAAUAGUAUAACAUCACUUACUCCAAUAUAUUUAAUUGUAGAAGAAGAAAGUAAAUAUAUUCAAUGUCAAGAAGAAGGACUACAAAAUUUUUUAAUUGUACAUAUUUAUGGUAGAAAAAAUGGUUCUGGUAUUGUUCGUAUAGAAAAAUUUAAUAGAAUUAAUCUUAUAUUUGAAUUAAAUAAUUAUGAUUAUUAUCAUGUUAAGAAAGCAUUAAUAUUAUUUAAAACAUUAAAAAAUACACUAACUUUACAUUAUAGUGGAAUUAAAAAAAUUUUUAUUCCAAAAAAAAGUAAUCCUCCAUAUUGGAUUCAUCUUAUUACAGGAGGUAAAUUAAAAAAUAAUAUUGAAAAUAUAGAUGAUAUUACUACAAAUAUAAUUUCAUAUUUUAAUUUUUUUCUUUUGAUUAGUGAACUUAUAAUUUCAUCAACAAUAAUUGUUAUUCUUAUUUAUUGUAUGAAAGGAAAACAUAAGAAAAAAAAAGUUCAAUUAAAUAAAAUGAUAUUAGAAUUAAAACAAGCUAAUACUCUUGAUAUUCCAAAUGACAAAGAAUUAAUUGAUCCAAAUGACAUUAAAAGUUAUUUUUAUACUAUUGUAAAUCAAGUUUCAAAAUAUAUUGAUAAUCAUAUUAAAGAAAGUAAUAAUUAUGAUGUUGUUCCAGAACAAAAAAAUAUUGAAAAUUUAAUGGUUCUUGAACCAUAUAUGGGUAAUAAUAAAAUUAAUGAACUAUUUGAUGAGCUUUUCAAAAAUAUAAUGCCUUCAAUUUCUUUUCCACAUCAUAUAAAAAAUUAUAAUUUAAAACCAGGAACAAAUAUUUCGGAUGUUAUCUCUUCAAUAUUUAUUUCUUAUAUUUCUUUAAUAGGAAUAGAUAGAAUUCCCAAAUCAACAAUAAAGAUGAUAGAACAGGGAGUUUAUAAUUGGUUUGGAAAAGCAAUUGGUCUACCAGAAACAUUUUUAUAUAAACAAAAUUCUUUUAAUACUACCGUAGUAGAUUCUUUAUUUCAAAAUGAUGAUGGUGGUGGAUUAAUUCUAUCAAAUAAUAUUUUAGCUAAUCUUCAAGUAAUUUAUGGUGCCAGAAAAAUGAAAAUAAUGAAAAUUUUAAAAAAUUAUGAAAAAAAAGAUAAUUUUGAUAAUUAUCUUGAUAUACAAAAAAAACUUAUUGUUUAUAUGAAUGAAGAUCAAUUAGGAAAUUAUGAAAAAUUAUGUAAUUCUAUUUUUAUAAUUUGUAAAGGAAUUCCCUUUAGUGAUAAAAUUGAACUUUGCCAAGCUUGCCUUACAAAACAAAUUGAAGAAGAUAUAAGUGAUGGAUAUAUUCCAUUCCUUAUUAUUUCAUCAUUUGCCUCAACAACUUUAUGUAGUUAUGAUGAUUUAAAUGAAAUAUCAUAUGUUUGUGAAAAGUUUGAUAUUUGGCUUCAUGUUGAUGCAACUUAUGGAGGUUUUAGUUUAAUAAAUUCAAAAAUAAGAAAAAAAGCUUUAGGAAUUGAGAAAUGUAAUUCUUUAUUAAUAUGCCCAGAUAAAUUUAUGAUUUGUAGUCCAGAAAUUUCAAUACUAUUUUCAAGAAAUUUUCAAUUUAUUUUUGAAAAUUUUAAUAUAAAAGAACUUCAAAAUCCUGAAGACAAAUGGUUAAUAAAUACAGAAGAUGUUAAAAAAUUUUUAUCAUUAAAAUUAUGGUUUGUUUUUAAAAUUUAUGGUAUUGAAAAGUUACGAGAAAGAAUAACAAAACUAAUUCAAGAUACAAAUAAAUUAAAAGAAUUGAUAAAAAAUGAUAACCGUUUAGAGUUGUAUGAUUUUCUUUCUUUAGGAAUAGUAUCAUUUAAAGUAAGUGGAGAUUCACAGACUAAAUCAUCAAUCAAAACAUCUCAAUUGAUAAAAUUUAUCAAUGAAAAACGUCAAAUCUAUGUUUCAGAAUAUGAUGUCAACAAAAAUAUUAAACUAAUUCAAUUAUCAGUAAUUCACAUAACAAAAACUUCAAAUAUUAUAACAAAUCAUUGGGGAGAAAUACAAGAUAUAAUAGACGAGUUUUUCAAUACACAGUUAGAAAUACCAUCAAUUUCCUCAUCACAACACUUUGAAAAAGAAAACAUUAUCUCAGAGGAUUUUUCACAACAAUAA